GGGGGUGGGAUGGGUGUGUGUGCGGGGGUUUGUAGCUGAGGGGCGUUCGAUCCCAGUAUUUUAACGCAGGAUACCAAGUCUGUUGGUUUGGACUGUUAAUCACCAGAAUCAAACAUUAUCUGUGUUAGGUGCCAGCACUCCUCUAAGAAAGGAAAAUGACUUUGGAGAAUGACACAUCUAUGGAAUUUUGAAGGUUUUUCUUUUCAUUUUUUAUUUAUUGAUUUUUUUUGUUUUGUUUGUUUUGUUUUUCUGGAGUGGGGGCGCCAAACAAACCAAACGAAUACGCGAUGUUUGCUGUGUGAGACUAGCUUGAACUCCCGUUGCACGUAAUCCGAACUGGUACUUGCGCUAUCAAAGAUUUUUUUAUAAGACAUUUGACGUUUAUACUCAAAGUUAAAGUUAUUUGGAUACAUUUUACGAUAAAAAAAAAUAAAAUCAGAAGCCCUGCUUUGGACGGCCUGAAAGCCAAGGCGGAACGAGAGAGGUUGCCGAAGAUGAAGAGUCAUCAGAUGUCCUCUGUGGCAAAAAUUGCGCUCACUUUCUAAAAAAAAGUGUAGAUUUGAAGUACAGUGGUGAAACUCAUUAAAUGUGACAUUUAAAGAACAAAAACACUGUUGUGGCUUUGCUUAUUAUUAUUAUUAUUAUUUUUUUUUUAUCUGUUUUUGUUAGGAUCUUCAGAGCAACUUCAGAGCUACACUGUUUGCGUACUUAAGCAUCAUGUUAUAUUGUGUGCUGCCACCGUGUGGUCACACUGUGUAUUUCCCGCACAGGGCUGUUUUGUGAACACACACUGAUCUUCUUUUCAUUCCGGACAGGUAUAGUUUGUAGUACUGUGGUACUAAUUACAAAUUACCAGCAAUUACGGGAGUUGGAAGAUUUUAAAAAACCAGCUGAUUAUCCACCUUUGAGCAGCUCAGGAGGACUAACUGGUCUUCAUGUGAGCAGGUGGAGGUGGGUCAUUACUCAGGUCUUAAGUCUGCUUUCUACCCCUUUAAAAAAAAAAGGGAAUGGCCCCUUUCAACCAAAAUGGGGGUACUCAUCUGAUCACAUGUAGGUGGGGUGGGGGUGUGCCAAGCAGCCGAAACAACGUGAAUCACCCUGCAAUGCAGACGGAAGUGGGGACAUCGAUAGCAAUAUCGAUACAGCAGUCAGCACCUGCCAUUUCACAACCAGAGACUGACUGGAGGAACUGCUGGUAAACCAGACUAGGACAGUCCCACCUGUACUGUAACAUCCUUUCCCAGGAUACACGAAUGAUAAUUAUUCACCAUCCUGUGAUGAAUAAUUAGCAACUGCUUCCAUUCAGUACUUAAAAUGGCUGACAUUUCACAUCUAGGCUUACUGGGCAUUACACAUCCCCCUAGCUGUGAGAAUGAAUGUGUCCCUUUUACUAGGAGAUCAUCCUUUGUUUAAGUAUCACGCAAAAGAAUGGCAGUGCAUUCAAUGGUUAAAAUUCCUCGUCAAAUUUUACGGAUGUCCUAGGCAUUACUCACCGGCUAAAAUAAUGAUAGCAUUUUAGACCAGAUAUUUGUUUAUAUUUGCUGACAUGCAGUAGAAUGGAGGUGCAUUCCUGGUGGGGGAAAAUGCCUAGUCAUGUUUCACAGAUGUACGAGGCACUUAAUGCCACCCACAGAAUUCAUUGUUUACCCUGUCACUCUUCUGACUGGGAUUCCAACCACAAGCGACAGUGAGUCUAAGUGGAAGGUUCAUUUGAAACCAGUCUUGUCUGUACCAUUUUGGAUUCCACCUGACACAGUUUAACCAUUUCUCUCUGGAUUUUCCCCUGGCCCUGUACGUGCAAAUGGCAAAAAUAUCUGCAGUGACAGAGAGCCUUCUUUACUGUUGUAUAGUGUCACAUUCUUGCGGUCGCUGCAACCAUUGUUUAAAUUAGCAAUGAGUACUUUUUAUGGGGUGGGAGGAGGUGUGUAGCAGAGGCUAGCUAAAGUAGCUGGCUAGCUAGUCACUGAAGGGCUACUGACUUUUGCUAUGUGUUGUGUUCAUUGUUCAUAGCCCACAAGGUUUCAUGUGUGUACAUUGGAUGUGUUUAACUUAAGGGCACACUGCUAGUUUCCCUCUACUAGCUCACCCAUCCCAGGGAGACUCGCCACUAAGUCCAAAAUUUCAAUGGUAUCAUAAAAAAGGGAGAUUGCAGGUGCGUACCUGCCUCGGAUCAGCUUUGUUGUGGAAGCAGCGGGCUGGAGCUGACAGGAAAAGGGUGUCAUCCUGCCGAAAUCCCUGGAAGAGGAGGCGCUGCAUUCAUCUUAAAGUCAGUGCAGCGCUAAGCAAGAUGGCUCGGCGAGGCAACCUCUGUCAUCGCUCUCGAGGAACAGCUGCACCAAUGAAGAGGCGGCAUGGUGGGACGGUAGGUCUUUACGAAGCAGAUGCUAAGAGGCUAUAACCCAGCGAGCCUACCCACAGCUCCCCACCCAAGUGAGAAACCGCCCUCGACGUCUUCCUCAGAGGGCUUAGGCCAACAGACUCAUGGCAGCAGGUCCAACAUCGCUCUCCAUGGCAAUCUCAUUGAAGCGCUGUCCCACCCCGAUGACCUGGAGGCCAUUUUAAAAUACCGGCACUCUAACGUCUGAAUGGAUGAGCUGGAUGGAGAAAGGAGGCGACCGAGGGACUGUGGCAGCUCCAAUCAGGGCAGUGGCGGAGUGGUGAGACCUUUGGUGCCGGGGGCAACCACGGGCGGUAGACGUCAGGGAGCAGCCGCUGGGAAACGGAAGCAGGCUGGCCUAGACAGGGCGCUGGCAGCAGCAUGCGCCGCAAAAUGAAAAGGGUAGUCUGCUUGGGACAGUUUGAGGUGGACACGGGACCCCAGUGACAUCCGUCAUUGACACAGGCUCCACCAUCGGCCCGAUUCACACAGGACUGCUGCCACAGUGCACCCUGGGUUCCCACGGACAUUCGGCUGGAGACGGCGACGGGGCGGAUGCAGCAGCCCCCAUCAACCAGCAGCCAGGGUGGGCUCCACUGCCACGGCGGGACGGGGCAGAGGCUAAGGUCAUGGAGGUGGCAGUGGCAGGCGCAGAGAUGGUUCACACCCCGGUACAGUUGUACCGGUACUUACUUCGGUGCUGCAAGAAACUACCCACUCCGGUCAUGCAACAGCACUAUCGACAUGCAGUAAGACAGGGAUACAACAGCCAUGCAGAUGAAGACGACCCUCACCGGAUACGGCAGAUCAUUCAGCGGGCCAUUCAGGACGCCGACUGGAUCCUCGGCAAAUACAAGCAAGAAUAGAGGAAGUAAGCAAAAGAGGCUUCGGAUGGGAAAGAACGAUGUCAUCGUUCUGCGCUUCUAUUGGUCAGGGAAGACCCGCGAUGGAGUGCUGUUAGCUUGUGGCCAAAGCGCUAAAACAUGCAUCAGACAUGCCGGGGCUAAUGGUGCUGGAUGCUUAGAAAUGGAAUGUCCCAGUACUUGGCACUGAGACUGAGGAUUCUGAAACCUCCUAAUGCUGACACGUGCUGUCCAUCACUUGUGGGAACCAAUCAAAAUAUUUGCUUGC